CUCAGGUGGCAGAGCGGGUUGUCCACUAAUUGUAGGGUUGGCGGUUUGAUUCCCGGCCCACAUGACUCCACAUAGCUUGGACAAGACACUGAACCCCAAGUUGCUCCUGAUGCUACAAUAGCUGUAGCAAACCACCAGAGGGAAAUCAAGUAACACAAACACGCUUCUGCAAAAAAAAAGAGAUAUGGCUUACUACAGUAACAUAAUAACUUGAUUCAUUUCUACCAAUUUAACCAAACUUCUAAAUAAUGUUAAAUUAAAUACAGUAAAAUAUUUCUUAAUAUACCGUGAAGAAUUAUCUAAAACUGUAGUAUAAAUUGUAAAUACUCCAAUCGGAACCAAUCCCAAUCUGGCAACCAGCAGGUCGACUUGGCUUGUCUCCGUCACUGCGCAUUCUUCAUUGGCUGGUCUGAACCCGGAAGCAACAUGGCGGUCUCGCCUGAGCAGCAAAUUUCGACCAGUCAUUUUGUUAGAGAGAUUGAGAAAAAUAAUGGCUCUGUUCUGAAGAUAUAUCAGUACAGCACAGGCGACGUUGGCUGCGUGGUUUGGGAUGCGGCUAUUGUGCUUUCAAAAUACCUCGAAACAGAACAGUUUUGUCAUUUCCGCUCCGGUGUUAGUACAUGGUCCUCUAAACACAUGCUCGAGCUUGGCGCGGGGACAGGAGUGGUGGGUCUCAUGGCCGCCUCUCUGGGAGCCAAUGUCAUAGUGACAGAUCUGGAGGAUCUCCAACCUCUCCUUGAACUAAACAUCCGGGAAAACCAAGGGCUCUUUGGUACAGGCUCAAUCACAGCCAAGGUACUGAAAUGGGGUGAAAAUGUGACAGAGUUUUUGCCACAUCCAGAUUACAUUCUAAUGGCUGACUGCAUCUAUUAUGAACAGUCUGUGGUGCCUCUGGUGGAGACGUUGAAGCUCCUGGCUGGACCUGAGACUUGCAUCAUCUGCUGCUAUGAGCAGCGCACUAUGGGAGUGAAUCCUGAAGUGGAGAAGAGAUUUUUUGAGUUGCUGUUGCAAGACUUUGAGGCUGAGGAGGUGCCAGCUGAAAGACAAGACCCUGAGUUUAAUAGUCCCGACAUCCAUAUUCUCCAUCUACGGCGCAGACAUGGCUGAAUGGCUUUCAACUUGUCAGCCAUUUAUGUAUAUUGUUCCACAAUUGAACAUCACUGCUACGAGUAAUCACUCAGAAAUACACCCUAAGUGUAUUUGCUCAGUAAAAAUGGCAGAUAAGCCAAUCAGCAUAUGAUUCUGUAAGGAUUGCAUAUGUGUUUUAAACUGUACUGUAUUAACUGACCCCCGGGAAGCCCGAGCUGUUUUGACUUGAUUUUCCUGUUUGAAAGAUGAGGCAGUGAGGUAACUGGAAAAUGUUUUAUUCACUGUAUAUUGUAUACUGUAUAAACAUAUUGUAUAUGUUUGACUUAGCUAACAUUAGACAAGGAAAUACUGUAGUUAUUACUUAACUAUGUUUAAUAGGGAAAUGAAAACAUUUGUCUGACAAUGAUCAAAAAUGGCACAAUAAGUCUGAAAACGUUGACCAAAAAUUUAGGCCUACAGUUAAGCAUCAAAUCCAACACUUUACAAACAUUAUUAAUAGCAAUGAUAAUUACACAUUAGUCUUCUUUGGGGUUGUUAUUUAGGGGCAGGUGGGGUGUAAAUCACAAGUUUAUGAUUGUGUUCUGCAUUUUUAGUGUAGUAGCUUUAAGUUUCAUCUACUUAAGAAUAAAUGUCAUACCUCCUAAGAUAAUAUUUAAGGCAUGCAAGCUUGUUUGGUCAUACUGGAUUGUAAAUAAAAACAGACUUUUCAGGCA